AUGCCGGACAUGGUGGGGAAGAAAGUUGGUGGCAGGGUGGUGAUGGUUUCCUCACUGGAUGAGGGCCACCCCGGCGACAACAUCAUCGAUGGGCGGGAAGAUACCUACUGGAUUUCAACAGGCCUCUAUCCUCAGGAGAUCCUCCUCGGCAUGAGCGAGCGCUCGAUGGUUUCGACCGUGAAGAUCAUCACGAGCAACGUUCGGUCACUCCGAAUAGAGAGCUGCGCGGAGGACGACCCGGUGAACUUCAAGACCUUGGCCGAAGACGAGCUGGAAGAGUUGUCAGGCCGUCUGCAAGUCAAGGAGAUCCCCUGUCAGGGCGUCGAGCCUGCCGCCUACAUCAAGCUGCUGAUUCUCUCAGGCUAUCACGACUUUUGUACAGUUCACCGCGUCAUAGUCGAGUGA